AUGGCAACACUCCUGACGUCACACAAUCUGGACCACACAAGUACAAGCACCUCAUCCCGAUCUUCCAAACAAACCAAGCAAAAGAAGAAGAAGAAACCCCGUGGGAAUCCCCCACAAUCUACUGCCGUGGACGACCUGGUAUCCCGAAUGGGUUUAACUCCAGCCCGCAAGAAACCACCCUCCAAGAAACCACCAAACUCCAAACCAGAUAGCGCCACCCCCCUGCCAUCCCUCAAGGCUCAACUGGAAUAUGCUCGCAAUGGACAUACAGUGCUACGACAGUUUAUUAGGCCAAAUAAGAAUCAUAAUCCAUCCCGGCUGGAUGAUAUCCGUCAAGAGCUGUCGGAACUUGGAAAGCAACACGAACUACACGCGUGGCGUCAAAAGGUCCAAGUAGCAUCCAAUAACAGCAAUAUCCAGUGCCAGACCAUCGACGAGUGCCGUCAAGCGUUGGAUCGUCUGGGAGUACCCUCUCAAUUGCCAUUCCUCCAGUACUUUAAUACUUGGAGGACGCUGCCAUGUGUCUACGAACUAGCGGAAGAGUUAGCCGAAACCGCUGCCAUACUCCUGGAUGUACCUUCCGUACGAUUGUAUCAGGAUUCCUGCUUUUGGAAGCGAUCUCAGGAUGGACCUACUCCUUGGCAUGUCGAUGCUCGCAUGGCACCCUUUGAUACAUCUGCCAUUCUGACCAUUUGGAUUCCCUUGCACGACGUGUCGGACAGUGGACUUCAUUUUGUCUCCAAGAGUCAUGCCGACUUUGCCUUGCCCUUUUGGAAUCCCUUCACUACUACUAACAACAAGAAGGAGAAUCCAUGGAACGAUUUGGAAACACGCUAUCAGCAUUACAAAAUUCAACAUUACAUGCCCUUGAAACAAGGAGAUGUGACGGUCCAUUCGGGAUGGACACUGCACUGUGCCGAUGGUGGCGGCGAAGAUCGCCUCGCAUUAGCAAUUUCCUAUGUCGAUGCCAAGGCACAUGUGCGACCGCACGUCUUGAAAGAUCAUGGCGAUGACGAAGAUCAAUGGAGUUACAAGGACUGGGUCCAAGACGUUCCAGCCGGUACAGAAUUUGAGCAUCCACUGGUGCCCAUUGUGUGGCCGCCGAGACAACAACAACAACAACAACAGCAAACACUGCAGGCGCCCUGA